AUGCUAAUCGGAUCUGAGCUUAUCAUCGGUAAUUUCGGACUAAGUUAUGAACAGAGUAAAACCCAAAUGGCGCUAUGGGCAAUUCUAGCUGCUCCGCUUUUGAUGUCUGUAGAUUUGAGGACCAUACGACCAGAGUACAAAGCCAUAUUACAAAAUAGAAAAAUCAUAGCUGUAGAUCAAGACCCCUUAGGAAUUCAAGGCAGGAGAAUAUAUAAGCACAAAGGAAUUGAAAUCUGGUCACGACCCAUAACACCGUUGUACCAGAAUUAUUUCUCCUAUGCCAUAGCGUUCGUGAACAGAAGAACAGAUGGAACACCUUCAGACGUAGCAGUGACCCUCAAAGAGUUAGGUCUUACCUCGCCUACUGGAUACGCAGUGGAAGAUUUAUAUGAAGAUGUAGACUACGGAGUAUUGACACCACAAACAAAGAUCAAAGUGAAAGUAAAUCCAUCGGGAGUUGUCAUUCUUAGGGCUGACGUACAACGAGACUUCAGUACAAGGGUACCUUUCUUCACGACACAACGAACACCUUUCAAUCCUCUGAAUCAAGUCUUCAGGGUGCGAGAUAACAGGUUCAUAUAACUCCGCCCUAUUUCGUCCUUAAGUAAAUUAUUAACAUAGCGAGUUAAAUACUAGUUGUAAUAUUCUUUUCAUUUAAUUACAAUAAAAUACAAAAACUUUGAAA